AUGGCAACAGGGGUAGUCACAACGCAACAAGGUGUGCUAGCGCUGCUGACUACUGCGCUGAAAAAGAGAGGUUUCUCAGUUGAACCUGUGGUUGGGGCAUAUCACAAACUGCCCAAUCAGGUCAAAGGACUUGCUAGGGUCGAGACCUUGCAGGCACAAGGGCCGUGCUGUGCUCUUACUGACAUCACCGACAGGUAUGUUGCUGACACUGAAGCUGAGAUCGCCAAGAUUGACGCUGAGCUCAACAUUGACGAGAUCCCCCCGGACGCAGCUGCCAGCAGAGAUAGACUCUGCACGUUCCUUACCAAAACCACAUUGGAUUGGUUUGAGCAAUUUUGCCAAAAGGGAUAUGAUGAGGAUUUGGUUGCAGAUCUUCCUGACCGAUGGCUUGCAUGUCUGUUCCAGUUUGAGGAGGGAUUUGAUUGUUGGAUCGAGGCGGAAAUCUUGCGGUGGGGACAGCAUGAUCUUGCAAAUGUCACAGAUAGCCUGUUGGAUGGUGCAGCAGAACGUUUGAUUGAAGACGCGUUCACAGAAAUGGCAGCUGAACUACCCAGACAGCAGCUGCUGUAUCGAAGAACGCACCUGAUUGCCAAACAAAAGCAUUUGAUUGCUGAACAGCAGAUGACUUUUCCACAUCGUGCGGUUAAGUAUGGUUCCGCCAAUGAGCGAGAGCGCAUUCUCUCUGCUGCCCAAGUACCUACCAUGUUUGAGGGGCAAAUUACAUUCCUUCAACAGGUCAGACAGAUUAAGUGGUUUGAUUUACUCCCUGACAAGAAGCUUCCCUUUCUCUACCAGCCUCGAGGGGCCAAGCUGUUUGUGAUUGCGCAUCUCUUCAGCGGGAGGAGAAGGGAAGGAGACGUCCAUGAACGGCUCCAUUUCUGGGCCGAGCGCAAAGGUUUACACAUCUUGGUGCUGUCAUUGGACACGGCAAAUUCUGUGGAGUUUGGCAACUUGAACCACCGUUCAGUCACUUGGGGGAAGCUUUUGCAGUUAUACCAGAGCGGGCACAUCUCCGCCACUCUGACGGGGGCACCAUGUGAGACGUGGUCAGCUGCGUGCCACUGCAAUAUCGUGUCAGCAGAUGGAGAGGAAGCACCCAAACGCAAGUUGCCGAGACCCUUGCGAGACACCAACAGAUUGCUAGGAUUGAAAUGGCUGAGCCUACGUGAAUUGAGGCGGUUACGACAAGGUACGCUCUUUUUCAUGCAGAGCUUGAUCACCAUGGCCUGGUCCCUUGUGACAGGCGCCAUUUAUCUUAGCGAGCACCCCGCUUUGCCCAUCCUCGAUAUCGCUGCGAGUGUAUGGAAGACGCCAUGGAUCCGACUUUUGUGUGACCAUCCUGAUGUUCACCUUCACACCGUUAGGCAGUGGCGCUGGGGUUGCAGUGUUGCAAAGCCCACCGGGCUCUUGGCGAUCAGAUUACCGAAAUUUUGUGCCUCUAUGUAUAGCAGACAGGACCCCCUUGCGCGUACUCCUGCAGAGCAGGCAAUUGGCAUAGGUGAGGAUGGGCGCUUUAAAACAAGCGCUCACAAAGAGUAUCCACCACCAUUUUGCAACGCAUUGGCGGGGACCAUCAUUGAUGAAGUAGGUAGGAGAUCUGCUUCAGGCUGCUGUGAGGCCAGUAGCGAUAUUAAUUCAGAACUUUUGAGCUGGCUGCGCAACGCUAGCACUGAGUGCGGGAUGGUCCGCACAACCAGCUGGCUGCCGGAUUACCAAGGUGGCUAG